GACCCAGAAGCAAAAGUGAAGUGCUCAUCACAUUCGUUCUUCUUCAGCCUCUGUUCGGAUUCAAGUUGUUGCUGAUUUCAGUGCUCAAUCACUCACUCAUUCAAGUGUGUAGCUGAUUUCGCUGAGGCUUCUUCUCUUGCUAAUGUGAGGAUGAGUUCCUUCUCCAUCACACGGAAAAAGACACCAUUCCAGAAGCACAGAGAAGAGGAGGAGGCAAAGAAGAAGAGAGCUGAAGAUGAGACUGCUCGUUUGUAUGCCGAAUUUGUAGAGUCAUUUCAAGGUGAUACCACUCCUGGGUCAAAGGCUUUUGUACGAGGAGGAACAAUUAAUCCCAAUGAUAAAUUGAAGGAUGAUACUGAGGGUGAAAAGUCCAAAGAUGGGGUUUCUGGUCCAAAGAAGGGAAGUAGGUAUGUUCCAUCUUUUAUACCACCUCCAAUGGCAACCAAGGGGAAAGAAUCGGAAAGGAAAAAAGAGGAGGAAAAACCUAAGGACAAAGAGAAAGGAAAGUCGAGGAACAUUGAUCAUUUCAUGGAGGAGCUAAAGCACGAGCAAGAGAUGAGGGAGAGGCGGAACCAAGAACGUGAAAAUUGGCGUGAUGGGCGCCACGGAGAACAUUCCACUUCAAGUCGCUUUGACGAACUACCUGAUGACUUUGAUCCAAGUGGAAGACUUCCUGGAUCAUUUGAUGAUGGCGAUCCCCAAACUACGAAUCUGUAUGUUGGAAACCUCUCACCCAAGGUUGAUGAAAAUUUUCUGCUCCGUACUUUUGGAAGAUUUGGACCUAUUGCCAGUGUGAAGAUAAUGUGGCCUAGGACAGAAGAGGAGCGAAGACGACAAAGAAACUGUGGCUUUGUGGCUUUCAUGAACAGAGCUGAUGGACAGGCUGCAAAGGAUGAAAUGCAAGGAGUUGUGGUUUAUGAGUAUGAAUUGAAAAUUGGGUGGGGAAAGUCUGUUGCGCUCCCAUCGCAAGCCCUACCUGCACCCCCACCAGGGCAUAUGGCCAUCAGGAGUAAGGAGGGUAGUACUGUUAUCCUAUCUGGUCCAUCAGGCGGUCCACCUGUGACUUCUGUGCCUAAUCAGAACUCUGAACUGGUCCUUACUCCUAAUAUUCCUGAUAUAAUGGUUACACCUCCUGAGGAUGAACAUCUGAGGCAUGUAAUUGAUACAAUGGCUUUAUAUGUUCUGGAUGGUGGGUGUGCUUUUGAACAAGCUAUCAUGGAGAGGGGUCGUGGAAAUCCUCUUUUCAACUUCUUGUUUGUUCUUGGCUCAAAGGAACACACCUACUAUGUUUGGAGACUCUACUCAUUUGCCCAGGGUGAUACUCUUCAACGAUGGCGGACUGAACCUUUUAUCAUGAUAACGGGUAGUGGAAGAUGGAUACCCCCCUCAUUACCAACAGCAAAAAGUCCAGAACAUGAGAAGGAGUCUGGUCCAACACAUGCAGGAGGAAGAAGCAGGCGUGUAGAGCCUGAAAGAACACUGACUGAUGCACAGAGGGACGAGUUUGAGGAUAUGCUGCGGGCUUUAACAUUAGAGAGGAGCCAGAUAAAAGAGGCCAUGGGGUUUUCUUUGGAUAAUGCCGAUGCAGCUGGCGAGAUUGUUGAAGUUUUAACAGAAUCAUUGACGCUUAAAGAAACCCCCAUUCCAACUAAAAUUGCAAGGCUCAUGCUUGUAUCUGAUAUUCUUCACAAUAGUAGUGCUCCUGUAAGAAACGCAUCAGCAUAUCGCACCAAGUUUGAAGCAACAUUACCUGACGUAAUGGAGAGUUUUAAUGACUUGUAUCGUAGCAUAAUGGGGCGCAUUACUGCUGAAGCACUUAAAGAACGAGUACUGAAAGUUUUGCAAGUGUGGGCCGAUUGGUUCCUCUUUUCAGAUGCUUAUGUGAAUGGCUUAAGAGCCACUUUUCUUCGACCUGGGAACUCCGGUGUUAUACCCUUCCAUUCCAUAUGUGGUGAUGCUCCUGAGAUCGAACAGAAGGCCACUUCCGAAGAUAUGGUUGGCGGCAAGGCCAACCAAGAUGCUGCAUUGGCAAUGGGCCGAGGAGCUGCAACAAGGGAGCUAAUGAGUUUGCCUCUUGCCGAGCUGGAAAGACGGUGCCGACACAAUGGAUUGUCACUUGUUGGUGGCAGAGAAAUGAUGGUUGCACGGUUGCUAAGUCUUGAAGAGGCAGAAAAGCAAAGGGGUUAUGAACUGGAUGACGAAUUGAAAUAUGCUCAAAACCAAGCAAAUGCAGGGAAGUAUACAAGUACUCGGCGGGAUACGAGUGCUGAGCCUGAACCAGCAGGAUUAUCUGGAUGGAACCACUAUUCGGAUGAAGAUUUGCCUUCACAAGGCAAAGGGUCUUCACCUUUAGCAUCAACCCUUUCUAUUCCACAGCCUGAACUUAAAGCCUUUACAAAAAAGGAGAAGAAUGAUCCAGUUUUGCCUGCCUCUAAAUGGGCUCGAGAGGAUGAUGAGAGUGAUGAUGAGCAUAGGAGGGAUGGAAAGAAUCUUGGGCUAAGCUACUCGUCUUCUGGUAGCGAGAAUGUUGGAGACGGUCUUAGUAAAGCUGAUGAACACGAGUCUGCUGCAGAUACAAGUUUUUCAGCUCACACUGACAGUGGAAUGAAUGAAGAGCAGAGACAAAAGUUACGACGCUUGGAGGUUGCUCUAAUUGAAUAUCGGGAGUCUCUUGAAGAGAGGGGAAUUAAAAAUUUGGAGGAAAUUGAGAAGAAAGUUGAAGCACACCGGAAACGGCUGCAAUCAGAGUACGGUUUAUCAGAUUCUGGCGAAGAUGGUCAAGGCAAUAGACGAACGUCUUCGGAGAGGAGGGAUAGGCACGAUGUCUCAAGGAAACGGCACCGCAGCCCGAGUCCAAGCCAUAGUCCACAUCAAAGAUUAUCAAGUCGAGAUAGCCGCGAAAAGAGUGGAAGCCGAGAGAGGGAUGAUCAUGACAGGGAAAGGAGCAGGGACAGAGAUAGGGACCGGGACCGGAGAAGACGGACCAAAUAA